AUGACAACCCCUCUUCUUCCAGUUUAUCUUCUUGUCCACAAGCAGCGCUUCUCAGGUGCCGCUCCCUCUUGUCUCGCCGACAUCGAGAUUGCGCACCAGGGCAUGUUCCUCCUUGAGCCUAUGUGA